GCUUGCGCGCUUCAGUAACGCCUGGUGGCCUUAGCAGGUCCGCAGGCGGCUGUGUGAGGGGAGGUAGGCUGUGUGCAGGCCACUACGCCCCCCGGUGACUCGCCGCCAUGAGCAGCACCUUAGCCAAGAUCGCGGAGAUUGAAGCCGAGAUGGCUCGGACUCAAAAGAACAAGGCCACAGCACACCACCUAGGGCUGCUUAAGGCUCGCCUUGCUAAACUUCGUAGAGAACUCAUUACCCCCAAAGGUGGUGGUGGUGGUGGGCCAGGAGAAGGUUUUGAUGUGGCCAAGACAGGUGAUGCUCGAAUUGGUUUUGUGGGUUUUCCAUCAGUGGGGAAGUCAACACUACUUAGCAACCUGGCGGGAGUAUAUUCUGAGGUGGCAGCUUAUGAGUUCACUACUCUGACCACUGUGCCUGGUGUCAUCAGAUACAAAGGUGCCAAGAUCCAGCUCCUGGAUCUUCCAGGUAUCAUUGAGGGUGCCAAGGAUGGGAAAGGCAGAGGCCGUCAAGUCAUUGCAGUGGCCCGAACAUGUAACUUGAUCCUGAUUGUUCUGGAUGUCCUGAAACCUUUGGGGCAUAAAAAGAUAAUUGAAAAUGAGCUGGAAGGCUUUGGCAUUCGUUUGAACAGCAAACCCCCUAACAUUGGCUUUAAGAAGAAGGAUAAAGGAGGCAUUAAUCUCACAGCCACCUGCCCUCAGAGUGAGCUGGAUGCUGAAACUGUGAAAAGCAUUUUGGCUGAAUACAAAAUUCACAAUGCUGAUGUGACUCUGCGUAGUGAUGCCACAGCAGAUGACCUUAUUGAUGUGGUGGAAGGAAACAGAGUUUAUAUCCCUUGUAUUUAUGUAUUGAAUAAGAUUGAUCAGAUCUCCAUUGAGGAAUUGGAUAUCAUCUAUAAGGUGCCUCACUGUGUCCCCAUUUCUGCCCAUCACCGCUGGAAUUUUGACGACCUAUUGGAAAAGAUCUGGGACUAUCUGAAGCUAGUGAGGAUUUACACCAAACCCAAAGGCCAGUUGCCAGAUUAUACAUCCCCAGUGGUACUGCCUUACUCUAGGACCACGGUGGAGGAUUUCUGCAUGAAGAUUCACAAAAAUCUUAUCAAAGAAUUUAAAUACGCUCUGGUCUGGGGUCUGUCUGUGAAACACAAUCCUCAAAAAGUGGGUAAAGACCAUACGUUGGAAGAUGAGGAUGUCAUUCAGAUUGUGAAGAAGUGAAACCCAUCCCUCUGCCGGGCCAACCACAAGAGCUUUCCCCAUGACUAAGCACCUUACCCGAGACCCCUUCUGGCUUUGGCAGCCAGUGGAUGAGGAUUCAGGGGAGGGAAAUGGAGGCACCCAACCUGGAACUUUACUUAUCUUAACUUGGUGUCACCUUGUAAAUUCAACUGCAUAAAGGACCUGGUAAGCCAGCCAGCUAUAUGCA